CGCUCGCCUUCAGAUGUACCAAAGCAAGAGCGGCCAUUGGAGAAUUCGGAAAUGCCUAAGCAGAUCCAUGAGAUCAAGGAUUUCCUUCUCACAGCUAGAAGGAAGGAUGCUCGCUCUGUAAAGAUUAAACGGAGCAAAAGUGUUGUGAAGUUCAAGGUCAGAUGUGCAAAGUAUCUUUACACGCUCUGCGUGUUUGAUUCUGAGAAGGCUGAUAAGCUCAAACAAUCUCUUUCUCCUGGUCUGAGUGUACAGGACCUGUGAAAGCGAGAGUAGUAC